CUGAGAGACACGGGCAAUCCACAGAUACGCACUACAAACCGAAUUUAAAAAAAGGUUGCUAAAGGAAGGGAUUCUGCCUGCUGUAACCUCAAAAGAAGAGGUUUUAUAUCGGGCACUUUUGGAGAAACGUAAUUCUGGAGCCGAAUCCGCUUUCACACAUGGAUUGUACCUGAAGACGAGCAGGUCGGAUAAAGAUUGCCUCUGUUUGACUGGCUGGCAGCCAUUUUGGAGACGAACACAGUAGUCACCAGUGGAGAUCCUCCUGACUCUUACACAUACCAGCACAACACCGCCCCAUGCAUGGCAGCAUGGAGCCUGGAGCCAGUGGGCCACCGCUCCAGGUUCUUGGAGAGAAUGAGGCGCUGCAGCAGUUCUUCAGCGGUCAGGACGUCAGUAGUGUGUUGGACAGCUCUGUUCCCGUAGACACCAGCAUCCUGGAGCAGUACCUCACUAACGACAUGGACGCCAGCAACUUCAUGUUGCCUGAGUCUCCUCCGGAUUCGAGCUCAGAGGCAUGCUCUCCUCCACAGAUACCAGACCACAGAUACAACCAAUCCUGCUGGUCCACCCCCCCAGAGGCAUUUCAACCCGCAAACCUCCCCACCUCCUGUCACUUUAAGGAUCGAGGCUCCACUCUUCCUGACUCUGAUCGACUCUUUCGGCCCCCUUCCUGUUCAUUAAAAGAUGGAGGCUCAGUGCCGUGCCACUCUGACUCUAUGACCCACAACCAGCUCUGUGGUUUGGGCCUCACAGACACUUGCUUAAAGUCUAGGACUCCACCUGACCCACACGUCCUACCUGUUCAUCAAGACACUAGCCACCCACCUGAACUCUUCUUAAAUCCAGGAAGCAUUUUGCAAGGUUACACUCCACCCACACCUCCGUCUCCAUCUAGUACUUACAUUUCCCCCAUGACUGACCCAGGUUUGGUCCAUAAUCUCCCUGCGUCAUCUUCAAUCUGUGUGCCCGGCUCAGUCUCCACAUCCCACACCUGUUCCCAGGACAGUAAGAAGAGAAGGAGGUCUGACUCCGAGGACUCAUUUGCAGCAGUCGAAGCUGCCUGUUGUGAAGGUGAUGGGACUCACAACACUCUAACUGGACUGGGUCUGGGUUCCUCUCAGUUGCUCAGAUGGGAACACUACAGGCGAGAACAUUGGAGCACUUUAUACAGCACCAGUUACCAAACCUUGGCGCCUCCUGCCUACCACAUUGAUACGGAUAAAGGCUUCAACUACUCCCCCGUUGACGAGGCCUUUGUGUGUCAGAAGAAGAACCACUUUCAGGUCACAGUUCACAUCGGUGUGGCCGCAGAGCCGCAUUACGUCCGAACGCCCACCGGACCGCAGAAAAUUGGCCACUUUCAGAUAAAAGUGUUUGGGAUCAAGCUUGAAACACCCAGCCAGGAGGUGACGAUAGAGCAGUCUCAACCUGACCGCAGCAAGAAGCCCUUCAACCCUGUCAGGGUCAGUGUGCCUAGUGGCAAAAUAACCAAAGUAACUCUUGGCCGACUACACUUCAGCGAGACAACGUCCAACAACAUGAGGAAGAAAGGCAAACCCAACCCUGACCAGAGGUAUUUCCAGAUGGUGGUCGGCCUUUACGCUGCCGUCAAAGAAGAGACUUUUCUUCUUGCUGCGCUGAUGUCGGAGAGAAUUAUUGUUAGGGCGUCCAAUCCGGGCCAGUUUGAGACCGACGGGGACACCAUGUGGCAGCGAGGGUCAGUUCCGGACGCUGUGGUCUGUCACGGUCGAGUCGGUAUCAAUACUGACUCCCCUGAUGAAGCCCUGGUAGUAUGCGGUAAUGCUAAGGUGAUGGGCGCCAUCAUGCAACCGUCUGACUGCCGAGCAAAGCAAAACAUACAGGAGGUAGACUCUGAGCAACUUCUUAAGAGAAUCAAUCAGAUGAGGAUUGUUGAAUUUGAAUACAAGCCAGAGUUUGCCUCCAACAUGGGAAUAGAUCAUACCCAUCAAACAGGAGUAAUAGCUCAGGAGGUAAAGGAGCUGCUUCCAUCAGCAGUCAUGGAGGUUGGCGACGUAAUCUGCUCGGACGGAGAGAUAAUCGAAAAUUUCCUAAUGGUUGACAAGGAGCAGAUCUUCAUGGAGAACGUGGGAGCUGUUCAGCAGUUGGCAAAACUUACCGACAACCUGGAGAAUCGUAUCCAAGAGCUGGAGGUUUGGAACCGCCGACUAGCAAAGUUGAAGAGCUUGACGGGCAGCCUGCGCUCCACUGGGAGUAAAGCCCCGGUUCACAGCAGCGCUUCAACAACACCGAACCCAGAGCCAUGUAAGACUGCAAAGGCUCAAAAGAAGGACCGGUGUCAGAAGUUCCUCCACCUUCUCCAGAAUAAAAUCUUCCUGGCCAGCAUCUUUACCUUCCUGGUCACUAUGGCCGUCUGUAUAAUCUCCGUUUCAGUGCUCUACCUGGUGAAUUUGAAGGAGGUAGGCACUGACACCUUUCCUGGCAACAGCAACAGCAGCGGAUCUCCCAUGCCGACAGUAGUUUCACCUACCACAGCCUUAGCAACCACACAUCCUGGUUCCUGGCCUCCUGACGUGAGCUUCUGUGACCUGCUGUACUGUGAUCAGGUGUACUGCUGCCCUUCAUCCACAGGGGGCAGCACUGUCUCCAGCAUCCCAACCACAACACCAGCCAGAAACCUAACAAGAACAGGAAGAAGACAAGAAAAGUUUAACCCCCUCUUGAAAGCUGUUGGAGACUGGCGAAACACAACCAUUCACACGUUCAUGAUUAAAGAGAACCAGCAGGUGAUUGACGGCAGAUACUGCAUGAGGGAUGAAUGUGGGCCUGAAAGAUACAUUUUUAGAGUUCCUAUCAGCCAAUUUGUUCCUGUCAACAUGAGAGUCACGCUGCUUAUGAAUUCCACAGAGUUGUUGGUGGUUCAUCUAUGUGCGGUAGAUGAGUCCUCCACUUGUUCUGCUCUGCUCAGUUCAAGCACGGACCCUGGAAGCAGGUACCCUUCAAAUACUCAGGGGGAACAUGAGUGGCCUCUUCAGGUGGCUCGGCUUUAUUACAGCUCCUAUCACUUCCGGUCUGCAGUAGCUGGUCAAGCAGACUGCAGUACUGACCAUCACUACGCGGGGGCGCUCUUCACAGAUUAUUACUUCAACUUCUACAGACGCUGCACAGACUGAUAAACAUUUACUCCUCACAGAAAAUUAAUUAAAAUGGUGUCGUCUAGCAGAUCCCCAGUUUUACUGCUUGAGAGUCAAAGUAACUGAAGAAGGCUUUUAUUACUUUGCUGUAACACUUUGUUUUUUAUGGAUAGCAAGUGCAUUUUAUUGCGAAUUGAAGCUAAUUCUAAAAGACGUCAGGAAUGAAAGUAUCGGAGAUUACAUAACUAGUCCUUUUAAAUCUGUUUUGCACACUAAUUUAUUCUAGGUGUGUUUCGGAAAAAUUUAAAACAAACUCCUGCGAUUUAAAUGAAAAACUGCUGUAUGUAUUUUUUUUUCAUGAAAUAUUUUUGUUCCCAAUGAAGCACUUGGACGUUUUACCUUUGUUUAUGUAAAGCCUGAAUUUGCACUGUAAUAAACUUGUGCUGAGGGAUUGUUAGAAACGGCUGGUCAGAAGUUUACACUUUUGUCGACUAGCAAGUGAAUUACUUUUAAAUCUGGCUACAAAUAAGUAGCUGAAAUAUUUAAAUUAGUUGCUGCAAAGUAGUAUUUUUUUAAACAAUUUAAACAACCAAAAAUCUAAAUUUCAACUUUAUGAAUUUUCAAACCAUGUCAAAGAAGAAAAAGUAGUUGUUGAUAUUAUUAAAUAAAACCCAAUCCCAUUUCAUGGCCCCAGAUUUACCGCUUAAUGAUCACUGACCCAAACAGUGUCGCCUUUUGUGGAUAAUUUUGAUGUAAAUCUUGGAUGGUGGUGGUUCUGGUCGUCCUCACAGCAAAAAUAGAGCUAAAAAUAAGAAAAUAUUUCUUGAAAUGAGUGUAUUUU